GGCGGGACGCUUCAAAAAGGUUAGAACUGAAAAGACGCAGAGCGCCACUUCACCAUGGCGGAUUUCACGGAAGAGCUGGAGCCCCUUUUCGAUUACAGCCGCGUGCAGCCGCUUAAUGUCAUCUCCGUCCUCGACGACGACGACGAGCCGGAUUCUCCUCCGAGCAAGAAGGCGAAGACGGCUUUGAAUCCAGCUGUUGAAAAAGUUGAUGAAAGUGCGAAAGUUACUGUUAUUGAGGAAGACGAGGAGGACUGGCUCAUUCCUGCGCCUAAAGUUACUAGGCCGUUGGGUGAAGAUUCGAUCUUAAAGGCAUUGAGGUUACAGAAGCAAGAGCUGGCAUCAUUUGCUGAGUCGGCUGAAAAUGUGGUCCGAGCUGUGGAGGAGUCUGUGAGACAAGAACUUCUUAGUUCUGUCCAGACUUCACCAGAUGCUAUGGCUGCUCCACCUCCAAAGCCCCAAGUUGAAAGAAACAAAGUAGUUAUAUGUAUUCAAGACAAGGAUGAAUCCAAGCAGUUCCGCAUAUUCAUGGAUGACAAGCUUGAUCGGAUAUUCAAACUGUAUGCAGAUAAAGUUAAGCUUGACAUUCAGAGUUUAGUUUUUAGGUUUGAUGGAGAUAAAAUAGCUCCAGAUGCAACACCUCAAUCCCUUGGGAUGGAGGACGAAGAUAUUAUUGAAGUACAUUAUACUUCAAACCAAAAAGGUGUUUCUUCAACCAAGGCAACUCGAUGACUCUGUUUCCCGGGGGGG